ACACUAUCCAACAUUGUCGUCCAAAACAAAAGCAAUUCUAAAACCGAAACAAAAGCGAAAUCGAACUAUAAUUGAAUAGUUGAGAGUAGAGGCGAAAUAUUCAGGAAGUCCUCAGUUCCGUCCUCCGGUCCUCCCGUCGCUGCUUUUCCGUUCAACAAGUUGUCAUGGAACUGGAAUGCUUCACAUGGACUACACAACUGUUGGGUUCACUAUUUCCUUCAAUAUGCAAAGGUGAAGAAGAAAUUACUGAAACUUUCGAAAGUUUGCCUGAUUGUCUCAUCAUUGAUAUUCUGAGUAGACUUCCAGCAUAUUCUCUUCUUAGAUGUAGAUGGGUUUGUAGGCAUUGGAGAGCUUUGGUCUCAUCACAUGACUAUUUUAUCACCUUAUAUGAUGAUCUCAGUAGAGCUAGUAGACCCCUGAUUCUCUUACAGGAUUAUUUGACUAUCAAGCACGGGCAAGAUCUUUAUGUUGUUGGUGAAAACCUUAAUAAUAAUAAUAAGAAGAAGAAGAAGGUCGCCUUCAAGCAACUAUAUCUCAGACCCGAGCUUAUGAUUAAUAAAUAUUGGGAUCACCAACUUGUUCUUACGUACACUUGUCAAGGAGUUCUUAUGUUUGGUGACUUGAAGUGGCAGUCUACUUAUUAUGCUUUCAACCCGAUAACACAAGAAGAAGUAGCUGUACAACAUACACUUCACCCGGGCUACUUAUGUGCUAUUUAUUUUUGUCCAUACACACGGCAAUUCAGAAUUCUUUACGCCCAAGUACGAGGCAGUUGUUGUCAGUAUUUCGUAUAUAUUUUCAAGACAUGGACAUGGAGGAAAAUUCGCUCGUCCUCCUCUUUCAACUUUUUGUCAUCUGGUGGCACUCCAGCAGUUGUGAAUGGAGCGUUUCAUUGGAUCAUUGACCACGAUUUAGAAAGAAAAGAUAUUCCUCCUUGUGCAAACGGAAUCAUGGUUUUCAAAAUGGAUAAGGAAGAACUCUCUGCUAUGCCUCAUCCCGGGAGCGUAUGCAAUUCAAAGCGAAAGCAUCAAGCUAUGACUCUUUUGGUGAAGGAUGAUAGUUUGUGUUUCUGUAACUUGCUUAUCUCUUACUAUGUAGUGGAUAUAUGGAUCUUGAAGGACUAUGAAAUGCGUAUAUGGAUCAAAAGGUACAAUAUUGAUCUCUGUGAUGAGAGGAUUUUCCCUUUUAGUUUGUAUUUCAUGAAUAUUUCAUCCCUUACCAGCGACAUUUGUGGGCGGAUAAAGCUUUUGAACAUCCAAGAAGGUGAACUUUUGCUUCACUUAAAGGGUAAAGGGUUGUUUCUUUAUAAUUUAGAUCAUAGAACAGUGAAGAGAAUUGAAUUGCCGCCACGCCAGAGCGGAUGGGGACUGUGGUAUACUCCUAUGCCUCAUAUGAAGAGUUUCUUAGCAAUAGCCUAAUUCCUGUAAGUUUUUUGUUCUUAUUAGACCUUUCUAAGUUUAGUAUUUUUUUUCAAGUUAUCAAAUGGUGUUUUACCUGUUUUUAC